AAGGAACACCAGUGCACUCCAAUCCAGAACUGGCAAGCCCACUGACUGAACACUCAAGGGACAUAUCCUACGCUGAGAAUAACUCAUUCAAAAGUUUUUGCAGCCUCUAUGAUGACUUUUUACGCAGAUCCAUUUAAAACGUCUAGUGCACUUGCAAUGGACUUCAAGGAGCUGGGAGGCGAGGACAACUGCGAAGGAGAUACAGAGGGAAACGCUGAGGAUUUGAACAAUGUGAAAGUCCUUACCGAAAAACUAAAGUUACAAACCCGCAGACCAUCCUACCUUGAAUGGCAGGAGCGCUUGCAGAGCCGACCGUGGAAGGAGAACCCAAAUGGUUUAGAUAAUAGUCAAGAGACUGCAGAGAAAUAUGUGUUUUUGCCUGAAAUUAUGCGGGAUGAGAACUCAGAUCUAACCAUCCGCAACAUCUGUGGCUUCGAUACCAUUGAUGAUGCGUUGGAUUUUCUUAGAAAAGAGCUGAGGGAGAUGCGGUUCCAGGAUAACCGUCUGGCGCGCCAGCUGAUCCGUCUGCGUGUGGAGAUCCACCGGCUGAAGGUGGAGCAGGUGUGUCACCGCCACAAGGAGAUGCUGGACGACGCCACCUACGAGCUGGAGGAGUGUGGCGAGGAGUCCGACCUGCUCUGUGACAUCCCCAUGAAGGCUGCCUUUGCUCUGUCCACCCCCCUCAAACACCUUGGCCUCACCAAGAUGAACAUCAACUCCCGACGCUUCUCCCUCUGUUGAAACAUAUACCACCCCGCGAGGCUUGAUUUACUGUAUUAAAGCCUCUAUCUAAUCUAUGCAGGGUAAUCGGGGGUUUUCCACUGCACAGGUUUCUGUUAUGACAUGAGAGGGAAGAAGAAUGGCUGGCAGAGCGUGCAGACUGUAAUUAGCCAAGUGGGAGGAAAUGGAAAUGACUCCUCUGAUCCGUGCCCUAGUCCUGACGUGAGAGAGACACAGGCCUCCAUAGUAGAGCCCUGUAGGCGCACGGCAUACACCCAUAGCAAAGCUGCACCUUUCCAAUGCACCUCAGGGAAGGUGCGGACUGAUAGGUCAGAGUAGAUGGACAGGGAAGCUAGUGAUGAGGUGUGGCUCUGGAAUGGAUAUGGUUUGAGUUUGGAUUGCCAUGGUGUCAGAUCAAUUGCACUGUAUUCAGAUAAUUAGUUAUGAUGACCCACUGACAUACAGAAUAGGCCUGACUGCCAUGGUGGUACUGUAACUAGAGAUGUCUCUUGAGCGUUGCACAGGGGAAUUGUAUUUUUUCAGACAAAGACAAAAUGGUCACAGCGCUAACACUCAUUAACACGAGUCCCAUACUUUAAUCACAACCCAGGAGGAAGUAUGUAUCUCUUCAUACAGACACCUUAACACUAGUCACACCCCCAGGGUCAUUUGACAGCCCAAUGGGAAGCAUUUCUCUCCCCUCUGCAUUGGCAGAGUCCCAGGCUACACUCCCCAGGAAGCUGUAGGUCACAUUCCAGCAUUCUGUCACCUCUUCUUCUGAGACCAAAAAUAGCAAGGACCUCCAUGGGGUCAUGGCUUCCGUGAUAGGACAUUAUUGGAGGCAAUGCCUUAUGUAGUACUCCAUGCGUUUUAUUGUCCUUUAGAUGAUCCAGAUGUUGUAGACAGACCACAGCCCAAUGUGAUGUCAUUGUGUUUUACAGUAGAUUAUAGGCUUGGCCUACUGCAAUGUUGUCCAAGUAAAAAACUGUAUCAAAGUUUUAGAUGUAUUUAAAGAUAUUGUUCUCAGGAAGAGAGAGGAGAAACUGAAAGUAUUUUGGGGGGAAAUUUGAGGGAGUGAAUGUUGAACAGGAUUUAGUGGGUGUUAAUCAAUGUUACAAAAUGUUUGCUGAAUAUACACAAAGCAAAAUGUAGAUUUGUAAGUGCUUUUGAAUGAUUACGUACUGAGUUCUACUCUGCUAAUGCAGGAAUAUCUCAAGGCCAUCCAUUUAAUGUAUGAGGGAAAUGACUAGAGGCAGACUAGAGCGGUUUUCAAGAUGCUUGUUUUUCAAUGUAUUUGUUUAAAUGCACAAAAAAAUUGCAACAAACUUGAAAAUACACUUGAGAAAGAAAA